GUAUGAGUGUGUGGUGUUGAUGGGCUUAAAAAGAGCUGCAGUUCUGGUGAAAGUCACACAUCUGCAAACUCUCAGAGUGAGCGAUUCAGACAGAAUGAUGGGCCUCCGCUCUCUCUUGCUCCUCUUCAGCACAACUCUACUGAUGUCCAUUUCUUCUUCUCAUGCCAGUGGAGCAGUAACUCCGUGCUGUAUAGAGAUGAAAGGCACUAUGGUGCGUCGUGACCUGAUCAAGCGCUACUACAUACAAGACACAGCCAUGUGUAACAUCAAGGCAGUGACGUUUGUCACAGUGAAAGGCAUACGAAUCUGCUCUGACCCUUCCAACCCCUGGGCAAAGAAAACCAUGCAGUACCUGGACAAUAAGAACAAGCCUCACACACUGAGAAAACAUCACAUCACAUCAACUACUACUACUACGACCACCGCCGCACAACCAGCAAAAUACAACCCUCACAAAACAACAUUUUCAGCUCACAACCCCAAAAUUGCAUCUCAAUGGCCAACGACUCUCACCACAAGACAAUGAAGAACAUAGAAUGUUCCAGUUACCUCAUAGUAAAUUAGACUAUUGACUUUGAAUAUUUGAACAUUCUCAAAAUGCUGUGCUUAUAACACUGUUUUUUUUUUUACAAUGUACAAUAUUUAUGUCACUUUAAUGAAUAGCUGGUGACAAUUUAUUUGUGUAGUCCAUCUGUAGAUGUUUAAGAUGGACAUACUAUCAACAAACAAUCUUUUGAUAAGCAAGUGCUUGCUAAGGUUAGGGUAAUGGUUAGGUUUAUAAUAAAGGACAGGGUGAGAGUUAAGGUUUGGGUUAGGGUUAAGGUAAGGGUUAAGUUUAGGGUUAGAAUAAGUGUUAAGGUUAGUAAAUAGCUAUUUGAAAUGUUGAUGAUAGAGCAUCUACAGAUGGACUAUCUAAAUAAAGUGUUACCGAGUAUCUUAAUAUAUUUAUCAAUUAAUCAAUUAAAUUCACUUCUAUUCACUUACAAAUUCACUUAAAUUUUCUGACUAUUUGCCAGUAUGCCUAAGUAAUGUAUAAUGUUUCCUUGUAAGGGUUGAUUUGUUGUCCAUCUGGUGAUGGUUCUUGUGCAAAACGGCUGUCAAAUAUCACCCAGAUGGUUGCCAGACAUUAGUAAUGGAUGUGCACCGUACAAUAUCAUGUGAUGUCCUUUAAAACUCUUAGUGAAAUUAAAGUGAA